AUGUCGGUGACUAAUCAAGAGCAGGAUGAUGUUUCUCUCUCUCAACUCAGCUUGUCUGGAAGUGGAGGUAACAUCGGUGUCUGCAACCAAAAAUCUAACCUCCAUGGUCAUAUAGGGAGCCAUGGAAGUGUUGUGGGUGCCACUGGAGUUGCUAUUGGAUACGAUAUUCGGGGUUCUGGUGGUGGCGCUAUCGUUGGUGGGACUCCGCAGCACUCGGCCAGUGGCUGGCCAAGUGGACUGCGAUCCGAUUCUCCUACGCCUUCUCAGCUAUCCACAGUAACACAAGCCACAUUAUCUACUGCCCACUGUUCCGCGGUUUCUGGGUCUGCCUGUGGAGAUUCGACGGCGGCAGCUGCUGUCCUACGGGACCCUGCUGCAUUGGAGCAGGAGAAAGCUGAACGGGCGGAGGAUGAGCGCCAACUCAAACUGCAGAUGUGA